CUGCCAAAAGGGCCUGUUGUAUCUGCAGAAAACUCCCAACGUCCGCGUGGGCCUCUUCGGCUACCUCAUCAUCGCACUCGCCUUGAACGUGUUCAUGUGCGCCAGGUUCCUCCUGGGCUAGGUCUACGGCUAAUCUGAUGACCACGCAAUUGAGCCGAGAGAAAACAUGCUGGCUGGCGGAGAUGAAUACACCAUGAACAAGAAACACAACCGCUUUAAUAGUCUGUUGCUCACCACCACUCUCCAUUUUUAUUUGCCUCCUAACUUUCACCAUUUAAGAAUUAAUGAAGUUGGGUCGUUCUCAUUUCCUGUGACCCAUCUGCUUCGCCCAGGCACUUGUUCACCCACUACAGUUGUGCAUUUGUCAUGGCACAGAGAUCAGGCAGACAGAGGCCACAUAUUUGUAUCUAAAAGUUGUACAAUAGACGAAAACUACAAAGGAGAUGUCGAGAGAUGUCUGGUGGACGUGGUCGUGGAGUCUGCCCCCUCUACUGAAGUGGCACGAUAGUGUUUUCCUCGCUUCCAAGCUAAAUGCAAGUUAGUGCUAUUCCAUGAUUUACCCCGACCUCCUUUAAAGAAUUUCUCUUGUCGUAGUUCUUCUUGUGCUUGUCAUGCACAGACUCGCAGUCUUCAUAGAUGACAUCCAAGAUGGAUCGAAUUUUACCAGCGUAAAGUAGAGGUACGUUGAGAUCACGGCUUUACUUCUCAAAGCCUCUCCUGUUGACAGGUUCGAAGCAAUCAUUCUUUGCUCUUC